UUCUCUCUAGACGGAUUGAAGAAUAUUUUGGUUAUUUUUUAGGACUUUGCGCCGUUUUACGGGCCUCGUUAUGGACUCCUAACCGCGACCCCGGUGCCGCGCUGCUUUCCGCAGCUACAAGGCCCGUUGUUUCCGCGAGAGAAGAGAGAGACUCUUACUGACUGUAUUCAUAACCGUGGAAAAAAACAAACAAAAAAAACAACACCCCCGUAAUGGACACUUGUGGAACUGUACUUUUUUCUUGUUGUUUUACCGGACACUUAAAUUAACGGGUUAUUAAAGUCCCGGUCUGUCACUAACUAGUAGUUUGGUGUCUUUGACCCAAAUAACUACAAGGACUAUCUGUGAAUACUUCCUCUUAGUUCAUUGCCUGUUUUUCCCUUCGAUAUUAUCUUUAUUAUAAUAAUAAUCUGGUAGCUUCCCUCCUCCACCUUCAGUCUCAGAUCAUAUCUAAUGGUUAUUUGUUAUUUCUUAACUAACGUGUUGUUUUCCCCCCCUUCCUUUGUCUUUUGAGUUUUUUAAAAAGUGAUUUAGUUGUGAGAAUGUCGUGUGUUCAUUAUAAAUUCUCGUCCAAACUGGACUACAACACCGUGACCUUUGACGGGCUGCACAUCACCCUGGCCGAGCUGAAACGGCAGAUUAUGGGCAGAGAGCGCCUCAAAGCCACCGACUGCGACCUGCAGAUCACCAACGCACAGACCCGUGAAGAGUACACUGAUGAAGAGGUUCACAUCCCCAAACACUCAUCAGUGAUCGUCAGACGCACCCCCAUCGGAGGGGUCAAACCAGCGGGCAGAACGUUCAUUGUUGACCGUUCUGACAUGGCUGCUGGAUCCUCCAGACCCACCGACUCUUCACCGUCCGUCUCCCUGGCCCAGCUCUCUAAGACUGCCAACCUAGCGGAGGCCAAUGCAUCAGAGGAUGACAAGAUCAGAGCCAUGAUGUCCCAGUCCAACAGUGAAUAUGACCCCAUACAUUACUCUAAGAAGGCCAUAGGACCGCCUCCUGCACAUUACACCUGCUAUCGCUGUGGCAAGAAUGGACACUACAUCAAACACUGCCCCAUGCAGAUGGAUAAGAGCGUAGAGGCCCCUAAGCCAAUCAGGACCAGUAAGGGAAUCCCUCAGAGCUUUAUGGUGAAGGCUGAACCAGGAACUAAAGGAGCCAUGUUGACCAGCACUGGAGAAUAUGCUAUUCCUGCUAUAGACGCGGAGGCCUAUGCUCUGGGUAAGAAGGAGCGUCCCCCUUUCGUUCCUCGUGAAGCGUCGUCGUCUGAAGAUGAGGCUGAUCCAAUCCCUGAUGAGCUGCUCUGCCCCAUCUGUAACGACCUGAUGAAUGAUGCUGUGGUCAUACCCUGCUGUGGUAACUCCUACUGCGACGACUGUAUCAGGACCAGUCUGCUGGACUCAGAGGAACACACCUGUUUCACCUGCAAACAGUCUGACGUCUCACCUGACGCUCUCAUCGCUAACAAGUUCCUACGACAGGCAGUGAAUAACUUUAAGAAUGAGUCUGGUUACACCAAACCAGCACGAAACAAAACCCUGCAGCAGUCUGCCCCGCCCCCAGCACGGCCUCAGCCAUUCAGAACCCUCGGCUCACGCCAGCAGGACCCCCUAUUGGCCAGCACUCGACAGCAGGACCCCCUAUUGGCCAGCACUCGACAGCAGGACCCCCUAUUGGCCAACACUCGACAGCAGGACCCCCUAUUGGCCAACACUCGACAGCAGGACCCCUAUUGGCCAGCACUCGACAGCAGGACCCCCUAUUGGCCAGCACUCGACAGCAGGACCCCCUAUUGGCCAGCACUCGACAGCAGGACCCCCUAUUGGCCAGCACUCGCCUGCAGGACCCCCUAUUGGCCAGCACUCGCCAGCAGGACCCCCUAUUGGCCAGCACUCGCCAGCAGGACCCCCUAUUGGCCAACGCCUCUCGCCCCCCAGCCUCCCUCACUCCUCCUGUCACCUGAGAUGGAGGCGGGGCCUUACAUGGUGUCAGAGCCACCAAUCAGAUCAGCCGACAGCGGACCUCAGGUCCACCUCCACAGCCCUCCCAUUCCCACAGAGGAGGACCCAGACCACCUUGGGACAGCCCCUCUACCCACACGGCCAGAUGCCUCCGGGGUUAAUGCCCCCUGGGUUCCCCCUCCCAACACCCAGCCCCACUCGCUGGGCCCCCGCCCCUCCUACCCUCCGGACCCCCUCUCCAAGGAGGACUUCUACAGACAGAGGAGACUCCAACAGGAACAGGUAACAUCCAAGCUGGAUGAGUUCACUAAAGACUUUGCCAAAGAGCUGAUGGAAUACAGACCUGCUCCCAAGAGACGGAGACGCUCCUACUCCAGGUCUCGUUCCUACAGUCGUUCUCCGUUCAGCCGUUCCCCCUACUCCCGCUCCCCUCGCUCCCGCUCCAGGUCUUACUCGUACACCCCCAGCCGCUCCCGUUCCCGUUCCAGGUCUUACGGACGCUCCCCCUUCUCCAGACGCAACGGGGGCCGGGGAGGACGCAGCCGCUCCUACGGCCGCUCGCCACGAUCCCGCUCACGCUCCCGUUCCUACGGCUACCGUCGUUCCGGCUCUCCUCGCUCCCCUCCUCCUUACCGAGGGGGCUGGGAAGGAGGAGACGGAGCUGAAGGAGGAGGAGGGUAUCGGCCCAGGUCUCGCUCCCCGGGGGGCUACAGGAGGAGCAGGAGUCCUGGAGGGGUUAGAGGUCACCAUAAGCCCCCCCCUCGAGAGCCGGCUCCUUACGAGCCUAAAGGCAGACCUGACCUGUCUCCCGGCGGCAGGGAGCGCUGGGAGAGAGACAGCUACAGACAGUGGGAGAAAGAGUACAGGGACUGGUACAACAAGUACUACAAAGACUACAGUACCCAGCAUGCCUCGGUGCACCACCGCGGUGGCCGGGGCAGCAGAGAGAGGGACCGCCUCACCCCUCCGCCCAGAGACUACUCCCCCCAGGGGCGGAUGAGGAGGGGUGAGAGAGGGGGACCUCCCGGACCCCACAGAACUCACCACGCCUUGUCCGCUCUGCCCUCUGCCUCCAUCAGAGGGGGUGGAAGUAAGGAACGCACGCAGGGGGGAACCAAAACGUCAGAGGGCGGAACUAAAACUCUGAAAGGGAAGAAACUGAAGAAAAAGAAGAACGGGGAGGAGCCGGAUUCAGCCGACCAAUCGCUGGACAGGGGAGACGCCACACCCGUCAGGGACGAGCCAAUGGAUGAUCUCCACACCCUGACCCCUAGCAAAGCCCCACCCACCUCCACCAAGGUCUCGAGCAAUAAGGCAGCGCUGCUGUCCGGUAAAACCCCUCCCACCUCGUCCGGCCAAUCAGAGAAGAGCAGGAAGGAGAAGGGGGGUAAGGUGAAAGUAAAGACGGAGGGAAAGGUGAAAGGAGAGAAGGUUAAGAGAAAGACUGGAGGAGAGGCGACGGUCACAGCCUCUAAGAUCAAAGAGUCUUCAGCCGCUAAACCAACCAAAGCAUCCAAGGUCAAACCGGACGAGCCAAUCAGGAGAGAGAAGGGGCGGAGCACCCCUACUGUUCGAGGAGGUUUGGCUAAACUCCCCUGCCCCCCCCCUCCCCCUCACCCCCACGACCUCCCUAAACACCUGGGCGACGCCCGGGGGGGAAGGAGAGAUCCCAUUCACAGUGUCGGGGUACGCCCCCCUGGUCGCCCCCUCCAGCCUGCACCUCCCUCCCCAGCAGAGAAGAGGAGGAGAGUGGAGGAGAGGGAAAGAGGGAGGGGGAUGGACAGGGGGAUGGGGGGGCCCCCGGCUAAGCUCCGCCGCGCCGAGGUUCCGUACCCCCAGAGAGGACUUCCUGCCAAGCCUUCCCUCCUCCUGAACCUGGCAUGCAGAGAGUCGGGUAGAGGAGAGGGUCUGCUCCCCAUCCCUGGUUCCUCACAGACAGGGAGGCUAGACCGUUUCCAUCCCAUCUCCAUCUCCAUCCCUGGUUCCUCCAUGGACCUGGGGAGAGAGGGGAGAGGCGACGGGCUGCUGCCCACCCCAGGGAGCACUGAGGCGGGCAGAAGAGAGAGUGACAGGGGGUCUAUCUGGCCUCUCAUGGGUCUGCAGGUCAAACCCUUCCCGCAGAGGAGAAUCAAACUGAACAGAGACCUGGGGAGGAACAGCAGUAUGGCCCGCCCAGAGGAGAGACCAGCUGCUACUAUCACCACCACUAUCACCUCUACUGGAGAGAGACCUGCCGGUCCUGAGAGAGGAGGAGCAGAGAGGGACGGAGGGACGGAGAGGGUGGCGGUGAUGGUGGAGCGGAGGUCGUCUGGCGAGAGGACGGAGGUCAGGUCUGUUAGGAACGAGAGGCCGUCGUCAGGGGAACGUUUGCCGGAGAGAGGAGGAGGAGGAGGUGGUGGAGGAAGGUCAGUCUCUCUAGACCGCAUGACCAUCGCGGAACGCUCGGCCAUCGCUAAGAAACCUGAUGUCACCGGGGAGAGAACGGAGAGCGAGCACACGCCGCCCGCUGAGAGAGAGAGACCAGCUGAGAGCUCCAAGGAGAGAGAGAGACCAGCAUCAGCCAAGACGGACAGGUCAUUAUCCAGGGAGAAGUCAGCCACCAGGGAUCAGAAAGGAGAGAAGACGUCGUCCUCCGUAGACAGACCUGCCUCUACAGGAGAGCGAGCGCCAGGGUCCCAGAGAGAGACUGUAGCUGAAGACAGAGCGGCGUUGGAGGCGGCGGCGAAGGAGGGUUCUGGUUCUGGAAAGACCAGAAAGAUCAGCAGAAAGAGUUCUGAGCCCACGACCCACCACUCAUCAGACCACUCUGUCACUUCGACUGGCAGCAGCAGCAGGUCUGAGCCGAGCCAGAGCCAGGGUGCUGUGUCAAAACCCCGGGACCUCCAGACCCAGAGGAGACCCAGUCCGGUCCAGUUCCCCAGCCCAGGCAGGGAGAGGAGGGACCGUGGGACCGGAGGAGUCCUCAUCCAGCCUCCACCCCGGUCCAAGUGGGAGAGAGAGGAGGAGGAGGAGGAGGAAGAGGAGCAGCACUCAGCGUCCAGGGAGAAUGGGGCGUUGGCGGUUUCCUCCUCCGUGCCCAGAGACGCUCUGAGGGGAGAAGUCUCACCAGCACCGCCUAGUGGCCAAGGCAGGGAGGCGCAGGGUAGUGUCUCUAAAACAGCCAACACAGAGGGGAGGAGAGGGAGGGAGGAGGGGACUAGAAGGAGGGAGGAAGGCAGAGGGCUUAAAAAGGGGCAGGUGAACUUUAGAAAACCAGCUAAGACCGAAUCCAGAGGAGUGAAGGAGGAAGGAAGAGGAGGGGUAGGGAGGGAGGAGAGUCGAGGGGCGGGGCCAGAGCCAAGACGACAGCGUCUGUGUUCUGACCUGGGUAGAGAGACGGACGAGGCAGCCUUCGUCCCCGACUACAGCGAAGGCGAGGGGUCAGACGGGGAGCGGGGCAGUGGCCUGAGCCAUAGCCCCUCUCACAACACCCAGAGCCCCGCCUCCCAGAGCCCCGGCGGCUCCCCUAGCAACCACAGCGGCUCCACGGCGACGGACAAGAAGAAGAAGAAGAAACACAAGAAACAUAAAAAACACAAGAAGCACAAGAAGCAUUGUGCCGACGUCGAGCCUCCUGUCGAAGGAAGGAAGGAACACAAACAUAAGAACAAGAAGAAGAAGCACAGGAAGACUAAAGAGGAAGAGGGAGGAGGAGGAGGAGGGGAGGCAGAGGAGAAGACUGGGCAGGAGUCAGCCACCAUCUGAGACCCUGCUAGCUCCGUUAGCAUCUAGCUCAUGGUUACAACUGAGACUGCUAGCUCAUGCUAGCUCCGUUAGCAUCUAGCUCAUGGUUACAACCUGAGUUUUUUUCCUAGUUCAUGAUAGCUCUUUUAGCAUCUAGCUAAAGACUACAACUGAGAAUGCUAGCUCCGUUAGCAUCUAGCUAAUGGUUACAACCCGAGUUUGCUAGUUUAUGCUAGCUCCGUUAGCAUUUAGCUAAAGGUUAAAACUGGACAAAACCUUCUUGUGGGAUACUUUGUCAAAUUCUUUUAAAUACUUAAGCUGAGCUGGAUAUAGUUUGUUUGUCUAUAAUGGAACCACUGGAAUAAGUGGAGCUCACCUCAGAUAUUUGUAAGUAUUUUGUGUUUUCUGUUAAUGUGAUGCUGUCUCUCUGAUGCAGGUUCUCUGUGAAUGUGUUUUUGUACAAAGAUGAUGCUGCAUUAGAUUCAAUUACCCUGAUCUAUGGCUAUAAGGUGUCUGAAACUCUGAAGUGUUCCAAAUUUAACCCUGUUCACUAUAUAGUACACUACGUUUGACCAGAGUCGUAUGGGCCCUAGUCAUUAGAGCCCUAGUCUUGCAGGACUCUGGUCGAAUGUAGUUCACUAUAAAGGGAUUAGAGGUUGAUUUGGGACACCUCCCUGAUGUAUAGUAGGUUAUAUCAUCAUGUUCAUAUGAACUGAUCUGAAGCCGGGCUAACUGAUCUGAAGCCGGGCUAACUGAUCUGAAGCCGGGCUAACUGAUCUGAAGCCGGGCUAACUGAUCUGAAGCCGGGCUAACUGAUCUGAAGCCGGGCUAACUGAUCUGAAGCCGGGCUAACUGAUCUGAAGCCGGGCUAACUGAA